AUGAUCAACAUUACAGUCAAUAACAUUGCAUUUGGAGCAGCAUGGUUCAGCCAUACUAUGUAUGUUCUGAUUACUGGUUUGGCGGAUCGGUAUAGACAGGCUUUGAGCUUCUUUCGAUGGACAUUAAUGAAUACAAUACAAGCCAAUUUUGCUCCAACUGUGGUCCAAAAAACUUUGGAAAAGUUGCGACAUGCGAAAACGUACGGCUGCACAGUGUGCUUAAACGCCAAUCUUGCAGCACAGUAUGGCAACGCGAUGUCAAUGCCAGUCGUCGACAGCAUGAUUUUAUACAAGGAUCGAAACUGGAAACAUCGCCUUUCUUUAUUCAAUCAGCAAUCUCCAGAUCUUUAUUUGACAAGGUAG